AGGAAUACAGCACUAAUCGAGGUCAUUUUUGUCUGCCGCACCUGCAGCCGGCAAGCGAAGGUCUGGCAACGAAAGGGGAAAAACUCUCAUCGUUUCGGAAUACACACCGUUGCUAACCAGAUGCUCUUGCUGCGCCUUGCGUUGCGUGGUCAGGCGCCCACCGCCGCUUUCAUGCCUGCACUCUGCAGGUGUAUACGUGAGGUGCACAUGAGCAGCACCACUCCUCCACCCUCAACACGGCUGCCCGCUACGUCGGAUUAUCCGCCACCGUCUUCGUCGACAGCGGAAGAGAAAGGCAGCACCUCCGGUGCAACCCCCGUCGUGGGUUUUCAGCAAGCCGACAUCCUCUUCGAUGUGCUCGGCGGCUCAAAUGCAGAACCGGCUCGUUUUGAAGGCGCCAACAACGGUACCACAAAGACGCAUAAUCGUAGCAGCAGCAGCAGCGUUGAGGGCAAUAAGAAAGAGCAGCAACAUGAUACCCGUUCUUCACAUCUUGAAGACGCGUCGCCGUCGUCGCCGUGGACGCAGCACAUCCGUCAGGUGGUGCGCGAGACAGUGCUUGAUCCUCUGCGAGAAAAGAAUGACGCAGAAGGCACCGAGCAGGCAUCUGGCACUUCAAACUCGUCCCAUGAACAGUCACCUGCCGCGUCUCCCUUCAAGGUGCUGGUGGUGGAUGCUUUAGGGAUGCCAGCCGACUUGCCACGCGGUGCUCCGCGCAACUUCGAGGGCCUAUUAGAGCUGUCCCCGGCUAUCCUGCGCGAGCAGCUGCAGCGACUCAUGGAGCGCAAAGGCUACCGCGCCCUCACAGCAGUUCAGGCGGCAGCCAUUCCUCUCAUGCUCGAGUACCGAGAUGUGCUCUGCAUUGCGCCUACGGCGACGGGCAAAAGCUUAUGCUACGUUUACGCCUCCCUGCUGCGGCUUCUGCUAAGCGACAUCAACGGCCGCUCCGCAAGCGCAGCUGCACCAGCCGCGGACGGCGGGGUGAAUCUCAACCGACGUCAGGUGGAGGCUUUUCUGCAGGAGAAGAUCGACAGCGGCGAGGUGUGCCCCUACUGUGAGUUAAGCAUCGCGGAGACCCGCGUGUGCCCCAUGACCGGCUUCCCGCACCCGUCGCCGUCGGAGGUGGAGGGCGACCUCGCUUUGCGCUCGCAGGAGCGCCGUGCGAUGCGACUGGAGGAGCUCCGCUCGUCCGUCGCGGAGCCGCGUGUGCUUGUCCUUGUGCCAACAAGCCAACUCGCCCGCCAAGUCUACACCGUCUACCGCACCCUCCGCUGCGAUUACCGCAUCCACUGCAUGGUGCGCGCCUCGAACCCCGAGGAGCAACGCAAGUACCUGCAGGCCCUGGAGAAGGGCGUGGACGUGCUCGUGUGCGCGCCGGAGACCAUCUUGCCUGCCCUGUACAAGCACAAGCUCUCGUUGAAGCGAGUGCAGACGGUUAUCAUGGACGAAGUGGACGAUAUGGUUUCUGUCAACCACUUCGAACCGCUAAAGAUCGUGCUCGGGGCCUUGCCGAAGGGUGCACUGCGCCCCCAGCGCUUGCUUCUCGGUGCGUCGCUGCCACCCGUCGCCUACGCGAUGAUCAAAUCCAAGAUGUUGCUGCCCUCCCACCGCUUCGUUCUGGUAGACCUCAAAACACCGAUGCGGGAGAAAUCACCCGUGCAGACGACCUCGUCCGGGAGUCGAGCUGUCGCCGCGGCGGACUCUGUUGCACCCGCCCUCGACGGAGUCCUCACCGCACAGGCAAACCUGCGCCACUUGAUCUUCAUGGUGGGGCGUGCGGAGAAGGCGCAGAAGCUUGCGUGGUUGUACCAGACGGGCAAACUGACAGCGGACCAGCGGACGCUCAUCUUCUGCAACUCCCGCCACAACGUCGCGUACGUGCACGACAAGCUGAAGGAGCUGGUGCCGGGGGUGAACGUGACGACGCUGACCUCGCACGCCUCCUCCACGGCGCGUGAGGGGGUGCUGAAAAUGUUUCGCACCGGUGUGUCCAGCUGCCUCAUCUGCACCGACCUGCUGAGUCGCGGCAUUGAUUUUGAGAAGGUAGUGUACGUGGUGCAUUACGACAUGCCGGCAGACAUGGAAACCUGGAUGCACCGGUGCGGUCGCUGCGGCCGCGGAGGAUUGCUGCGUGGCCAUGGUUACAUCUACACCUUCUUUCAGCCCGAGAAUGUGAGGCUCGCGAAGCCCCUCGUUGCGUACCUUCGUCAGCAGCGGCAGCUCGUUCCACCGAAGCUGCAGGAGUACGCAAAGCAGUCGUUUAUUGAUGUCUUCAACAACUCUCUGUUCCAUCACCCCACGCGGCCGUACCGCAAGGACGAUCCUCAGCAUACCACAUCAGUGCUCGGGAGAGGAACACGGCGCUUUCCCGAUUACAAGCAAGGUGCCAUCCACAAGCAUUUCCGUCCACAAUAG